UGGUUAUCGUCUCAAAACAUUUAUUAUUGUCAUUUGUUUUUUUUUCAUUGAUGAUCAAAAUCAAUUAGUUUUGUAUCAUGUAUCGGAAAAAAUUUAGUGGUAAAAAAAAUUUUAAACCAUCAAAUAAACAUGGACAAGAAUCAUCUAGUCGUAUUGAUGUAGAUGAUGAUGGUCUUGGUGAAGGCGAUAGUGCCGAAGUUCCUGAAGCAGCUUUUCGAUCUGUCAGCGAUACAAAUGCCGAAGAUGAAUAUGGUGCCAAGGAUUAUACAAAAGAAUUAACGUUAAAAGAUGAUUAUUCGGUUCGACCAUUGUGGGUGGCACCUGAUGGUAAUAUUUUUCUGGAAACAUUUUCACCAUUGUAUAAACAAGCUCAAGAUUUUCUCAUCACUAUUUCUGAACCGGUUUCUCGGCCGGAAAAUAUUCAUCAAUACAAAUUGACUGCUUAUUCAUUGUAUGCUGCUGUUUCUGUUGGAUUGAAUACAGAUGAAAUCAUACAAUAUUUAAGUCGAUUAAGUAAAACAUCAAUCCCUGAUAGUAUCGUUGAAUUCAUCAAGCUUUGUACUUUUAGCUAUGGAAAAGUAAAAUUGGUACUCAAACAUAAUCGUUAUUUUGUUGAAUCAACAUUUCCUGAUGUGAUACAGAAAUUGAUCAAAGAUCCAAUCAUUGCUAAAUGUCGUAUUCGACGUGAAGAUGGUGAUAAUCUAAUAACCGGCACUAUUACGAAUAAAGGUAAAUUUGCCGGCGAAAAUAAUAAAGAUGAAAAUGAUUCUGAUAAAGUUCAAAGUGAUGCAAACAAAAGCAAACCGGAAAAUAUACCUGAAGAAUUGUUUAAUUUUUAUGAAAAAAUGGAACGUGACGAUGAUGAACCAGAAGACAUACAAACAUUAUCAUUUGAAGUGAAUCAAGCAGAAAUUGAGACUAUACAGAAACGUUGUAUUCAAUUAGAAUAUCCAUUAUUGGCUGAAUAUGAUUUUAAAAAUGAUACACAAAACCGAGAUAUUAAUAUUGAUCUUAAACCGAAUGCUGUUCUUCGUCCAUAUCAGGAGAAAUCAUUACGAAAAAUGUUUGGUAAUGGUCGUGCACGUUCUGGUGUGAUCGUAUUACCAUGUGGUGCCGGUAAAUCAUUGACCGGUGUUACAGCCGCAUGUACUAUUCGUAAACGAUGCUUAGUAUUAUGUAAUUCAUCUGUUUCCGUUGAACAAUGGCGUAUGCAGUUUAAAUUAUGGUCAACAGCCGAUGAUAGUAUGAUUUGUCGAUUUACAUCGGAUGCUAAAGAUAAACCGAUUGGUAGUGGAAUAUUGGUCACUACAUAUACGAUGAUUACUCAUAUACAAAAACGUUCAUGGGAAGCAGAUCAAGUAAUGCGAUGGGUGAAAGAUCAAGAAUGGGGCCUAAUGUUAUUGGAUGAAGUACAUACAAUUCCGGCCAGAAUGUUUCGUCGUGUGUUGACCAUUGUACAGGCUCAUUGUAAACUAGGAUUGACAGCCACAUUGGUACGUGAAGAUGAUAAAAUUGCUGAUCUUAAUUUUUUGAUUGGCCCUAAAUUAUAUGAAGCAAAUUGGUUAGAAUUACAAUCGGCUGGAUAUAUUGCUCGUGUACAAUGUGCCGAAGUUUGGUGUCCAAUGCAUCCAGAAUUUUAUCGUGAAUAUUUGGCUGCCAAAUCCAUGAAGAAAAUGUUAUUUUAUGUAAUGAAUCCGAAUAAAUUUCGUGUCUGCCAAUUUCUAAUCAAAUAUCAUGAAAAGCGAAAUGACAAGAUCAUCGUCUUUUCCGAUAAUAUCUUUGCAUUGGUCAACUAUGCUAAAAAACUUGGCCGUCCAUAUAUUUUUGGGCCAACAUCACAAGGUGAACGUUUACAGAUUUUACAGAAUUUUCAAUUCAAUCCUAAAUUGAAUACAAUAUUCGUAUCGAAAAUUGCUGAUACAUCAUUUGAUUUACCUGAAGCAAAUGUUCUCAUACAAAUAUCAUCACAUGGUGGUUCACGACGACAAGAAGCACAACGUUUGGGUCGUAUUUUGCGUGCGAAAAAAGGUGCCGUCACUGAAGAAUAUAAUGCUUAUUUCUAUUCACUUGUAUCACAAGAUACGCUUGAAAUGCAAUAUUCACGUAAACGACAACGAUUUUUAGUGAAUCAAGGUUACAGUUAUAAAGUGAUUACAACGAUCAAAGGAAUCGAUGAAGAAGAAUUAUUCUAUACGAAUAAAGAUGAACAAAUGCAAUUAUUACAACAGGUAUUACAAGCUAAUGAUAAUGAUGGUGAAUUGGAAAAGAUAUCGAUAAUGGAUUCAGCCGAAAUUAAAUCUUCACAACAAAAUCGACAAUCAUUUGUAACGAAAAAAGCUGGUAAUAUUAAUUCAUUAUCGGGUGCCGAUGAUAAUGUUUAUAUGGAAUUUAAAUCGAAAAAAUCUUCCGAUUAUAAACAUCCAUUGUUUAAGAAAUUUAGAAAAAAAAAAAUAAUGAUGAUGAUGAUGAUUAAAAUUCAUUUCAAUUUGUAAUUGAUAAUAAUUUUU